AUGGGCGACACGCGGAUCUCCUUGGAGCAUGAAAUCCUCUUGCACCCUCGCUACUUUGGGCCCAACCUUCUCAACACCGUGAAGCAGAAGCUUUUCACCGAGGUGGAAGGGACCUGUACCGGCAAGUACGGCUUCGUCAUCGCCGUAACCACCAUCGACAACAUCGGGGCAGGUGUGAUUCAGCCGGGACGUGGCUUUGUCCUUUACCCCGUCAAAUACAAAGCGAUCGUCUUCCGUCCCUUCAAGGGCGAGGUGGUGGAUGCCAUUGUGACUCAGGUGAACAAGGUUGGCCUCUUCACCGAGAUCGGACCGAUGUCCUGCUUCAUAUCCCGACAUUCGAUCCCUUCCGAAAUGGAGUAUGAUACUAACUCCAAUCCGCCCUGCUACAAGACUGUGGAUGAGGCGGUGGCAUUUAAGGACAGGCUGACGGGUGAGGACCUCUUGAACUGCAACAGGACCUUCUCUCACCCAGAUUGGCUGGUCGACAUUGAUUCCCGCCUUCGGAGCCAGGAGGAAGAGCUAACUCUGGUAAAAUCGGCAUUAGCCGAUGCCCUACGGAGACUCAACGCCUACGACCAGCAGAUCCCGUGGCUCAGACAGCAAGUGCUGGAAGGACACCCCAAAGAAUGGGCAUUGGAAGCAGAGAAGAGCCAGAGGUCAAGGAUCAGCGUUGGGACACAAACAGAGGACCUUACGGCGCUGGGGAAAGACAGAGAAACAUUUCUUAGCAAUGGAGGUCUUCAACAGGUGGAGGAGACCUCAUCUACGAGGGGAAAGUCCUUUCAGGACCCUUCAAACGUUGGCGAGAUGGACUUGGCUGAAGUUCUCGGCGGUCGUGGCCCUUUCAAAGUGGCCAAGAACUCCUUUGGGCUGUUAACCGAGACAGAAAACAUGACUUCCGAGCUACAGACGGUCCAGGAGAAUCCUGAAGCUCACAGCGCCAACCAAUUUCCUUCCAGCGCGGGUCCCCAGGGAGCUCAAGAUGUUGGAGAACCUCCGCCAGAGGCCACCAAGGAGAAACCUCCAAGCCCAGGGCAGCCACGGCUUGGGGGUCCUCCUCCAGGGCCGGGCACCCCCUCCCCAGAGCCCCCCUCAGAAGGGAGCAGCAGCAGCAGCACUGCGGCUUCCCCCAUCCCCGCCGUUCAUAAUGUGAUGGCCGCCAAAAAGGAGUUGCUGCGAAGAAACAGCUCUUCCGACAAACUGGUCAGGACCAAACAGCAUCUCCAGAAGAAAGCUGCCUCAACUGCAAAUCUUUUUAACCGGUCCAGCAGCCUCGAAAACCGAUCGAAGGAUCCCACCUUAAGUCCAGGUGAGCCACUGGCUUUGUUUUGUGUGUAAAGUGUGUUAUUUUCCUCGACCAGGAUGGGGGCUGCUGGUCGUAUCUCUGAAACUGGGAGACCAAGGCUGCCAAUGGUCACUCAGAGGCCCCUGAACCCCCGAGAGGAAUAGAAAAUAAAUAUGA